AUGUUUGCAAACGAUGACGAAGAUGAUGAUUAUAAUAAUGAAAGUUAUGAUGAAGAUCAACCACAAGGUUAUCAAGCAUUAUUAGAUCCAGAUGAUGACGAAACUUUCACAAUAGAAGAAGAAGAAGAAGAUGAAGGUGAUGAUCAUGAACAAGAGAUAGAGCCUGCUGAAGAAGAAGAGGAAGAAGUAGCUGUUGAUGAUGGUCAAAUAAAACCAUUUACUUGUAAAUUAUGUUCUGUAUCCUUCAGUAAAUUCGAAGCAUAUCGUGAACAUUUUAUAUCUACAGAACAUCGAUAUAAACGACGAGAUGAAAAAAAACGUCUUGGAGAAGGAUGUGUCAUUGAAACAUCAUCAGUUGAAAUAUUUGUUAAUUUAUUACUCUAUAAUAAAAUUCCAUUUGAAAGUAUUCAAAUUGAUAUUCAACCUGUUGAUUUUAGUGUAAGUGGUACAUUAGAAUAUAAUAAUACUAAAUAUGAAUAUCAACAUGCAUCAUCACUUAAUGAUUUAUAUCAAUUACUUGUUAAUAAAUUUAAUCAAGAUUAUGAAAAACAUCAAUUAAAAAUGCCACCACAAAGUUUUUUUGUUGCACGAGAUACUAGUCGAAAAGAAAUAGAUAAUAUAUGGACUGUAUCACGUUAUUGUGAUGAUACAGAAAAAUCUGAUGGACAAAUUAUUAGAGAAGUCUUAGACUAUUGUGUUUACACAACUGUUGAACCAGAACGUGAACGUUUAAUAGCACAUUCAAUUCAAACAUGGCGUAUGUUUCAUCGGCAAGAAACUAAACCAGGCUUUUGGUGUGAUAUUUGUAAACAAUGUUUUCGUAAACGCAAAGCGAUUAUUUGUCAUUUUGAAACAAGUGAAAAACAUGAUAAUAAUUUAAAACGUCUUCCACCAUAUCGACGAGCUGUUCAACAUAGUUUAUUUACUGGUCGUUUAUUAAAUGAAUUUAUUCCAAUUGAUAAAUUGAAUUAUUAUCGAACACGAGUUAAUGCUUAUCGAAUUUUACCAUCAAAUAAAACUAUUAAAAAUGCAUAUUAUUGCACAUUCUGUAAGAAAUCAUUUGAAUCAGCAUAUACACUUGAAAAACAUCUUGGUUGGAAAGGUCAUCGUGAUAUAUUACGAAAGCGUCGACAACAAGAACUUGAUAAUUUACCACGUCUUGUUACUUAUUUAAAUUUCAAUCAAUUAACGCAUGAACAACGUAAUGGUGGUAUUCAACAAAUGCCUAAAACACCAGAUGAAUAUCGAUUAAAAUAUAAUCUUGAACCUAUAACAAUUGAAAGUAUUCAUAAUGAUAUUAUGCGUUUUGAUACACAACUUGCACAACAAGUUAUGAACAAUAUUCAUAAUCAACAAGGAAAUAAUAAUAAUAACAAUAAUCGAUUUAAUCAUGGUAAUAGUAGAGGUCGAGGACGUGGACGUGGAAGACAAUCAUUUCGUGGUCAAACAUUUCGAGUACGACCUAAUUUUCAUCAACAAAAUGCACGAAACUUCAAUCCAGAACAAUAUAAUCAUCAAACAAAUUAUCAACCUCGAUUAUUCUAUAACAAUAACAAUAAUAAUCCCACAAAUCAGUUCUAUCCACAAAAUAAUUUCCAUCUACCAACAACAUUUCGUCCACAAAAUCCAAAUUUCAAUAAUAGUAAUAAUAAACGUCCUUAUCAACAAAAUAAUAAUAAUUAUUACAAUCAACGACAAUCAUGGCCAAAUAAGAAACCUCGAUUUGAUCGACCAUCACCAUAUCAACAACAACCAUCAUCAUCAAACCGAAUUGAUUAUCGUUAUAUUGCUAAUCAAAAUACUUAUCAACAACAGCAGCACUUUCCUUAA